AUGCUUUCUCAUGCUGCUAGAUUGGAAUUAAUCCGUUCUGUUUUCUCGACCAUUCCAGUUUAUUACAUGUCCAAUAUUUUAUUCUCAAAAAAGUUCAUUGCCAAACUUACUGCAGUAAUCAGAAACUUCUGGUGGACAGGUAUUAGAGAAACAGAUUCCAGGAAAAGUCUUUGCCUUCGUGCUUGGAAGGACAUUUCAAAUUCAAAAACAGAAGGAGGAUUGGGUAUCAGAAACUUGAAGGCAAUUGAUGAAAGUCUAAUUCUAGCUGCGGCUUGGAGGGAAGUACACCCCAACAGGAUUCACAUCAUGGCUGCAAAUACAGAAUGCGCGUUGCAGGCUGAGGCACUGGCGUCGGAACAAGUGUACAACAGUUUUUCAGACAGUUUGAAUAAUGAACAACAUAUACCUCUGCAGGGUACAACUAUCAAGUCUGAUCUCAUCAUUAAAGGGACUAAAAUUUAUUCUGAUGCGGCCUUUCGAUCUUCAAAAAUUCUAGGUAUUAUGAGGGGACAGGUUGGUACAGGUAUUGGAAUUUACUUUUCUAUUCCUGUUGAUCAUGGUGAGCUUAAUAUUCAGAUUCAGGCAUCUGCCCCUGUAACCACAGAUCCUACUCAUGCAGAAGCCAAGGCUCUUUCUUGUGCUGCUCUUAUUGCAAACAAAUUGAAUGUGCAGCAACCUACUUUUUUCACUGAUUGUCUUCCUCUCGCUUCUGCUGCUGCUUCUAAGACCAUUUCCCACCAUGCUACUCCUUGGAAUAUCAGGAAUGAAUUAGCCUCUUUUAAUAGCAUUUAUUCUAUUCUAAAUGCUCAGGUGUUCCACAUUUCCAGGAAUCUAAAUGGAGUGGCUCACAAUCUUGCACAACAGGUGUACCAGGCUUCAGAUCAGCCACUGAUGAUUUGCUCUACAAGAUCUCAUGACACAAACCUCUGUCCUGUUGCGGCUUCUCUAGCUCAAUUCUCUGGCACAGGGUUCCAACUACACAAGGUGUAUUGCUACUAA